GGGUUCGAUUUUGUUAAAUUAUCGAUAGUAAAGGAAAAGUUAAAUACUCUUUUUAACCGUUACAAUAUUUUUAACGUGCUUCACGUUAUUUUUUCCAACUUUUCCUAUUACUAUUUGUUAUUUUUCCGUUGAGUAAUGUUUAUUAAGUAAAAAGUAAUUUAAGCCCUUCAAUAUCUCAUUUGAACAUAACGAACAUCCGUUACCAAGCAACCUGCCAGCAGUAAGUUGUUGAUGAUUGAAAUCAAUAAAGCAUAUCUUAAUCAUAAGUAUUGAGAGUAUAUACCAAAGUUACUUAUCUAAUCUAUAUGGCUGACCAAAGCGAACUAGACCAAUUAGCCACAGCUGAAUUGCAGAGGCUUCAGCGCCAACAUCGGGGACUCCAACUGGACCUUCGAGGACUCCUCGAGGAGAAGGCCAAGCGACUGAAGAAGCAGAACCACAUGAUAAACGUACUUCAAGUGGAACACCAGAAGCUAAAGGACGAGAUCAAGACCCUCGAAGGAGGCACUCACGCUCGGAAAAACACUAAUAGGGAAAAGCAUUUGGGAACUUUGCAGGGGCAACAGGCUGAUCUUCAAAGGGUGCUUCAAAAUGAACGGACCAAUCUUUGGGAGCUAGAAGGGCACAUUCGGAAAAUGGAAAAGGAAAUCGAUGCCCUGCGUCGUAAUGAAGUCCCCGACAACUGCUACAAGGACAAUAUUUGCAAGGUCCAAAAGAGCGUGGUUAAGCUGGAGAACCGCUUGGAUGUCGUCAACAAGAAGUGCAGCGAUGUUCUUACGGAAAACAGCAAAAUGAGAGAUGCUAUUAAUCAUAUGCUCCAGGAUCGGGCAAACUUCAAUGACAUGUGGCAGUCGAUGGUCACGCAGUUCAAUGAGGGCAAAAAGUUUAUCAUGGAUCUAAUAGAUCAGUCAACUCUAGCCUUUGACCAGCGCGAAGAGUUAUGCAACAAGCUUUCCGUACUGAAGGAUCGCAACGAGAACGAUAAGGUGAUGCACAUCCAGGAGAUGCGUGAAAUGCAACGCCGCCUGGAGCACGAUGCCAAGUUGCAGAAGUUCUUUGACAUCAAGGGUCAGAAGCGAUUGAAUCCGGAGCUGGAACAACGUGAGCUGGACAAGAAGCAGAACCAGAAGGAAACUUAUGAGAGGCAGCUUCUUGAGUACAAGGAAAUCAUUGAGAAGAUCAAAUUACUGUACGGCGAGGAGGAUGCAGAGCGACUGGUGGCCCAGUUUAAGAGGCAAGAGGACGAGAAUUUUGCUCUUUUUAACUAUGUCAACGAACUAAGUCACGAGGUGGAAGUGCUAAAUGAUUCCACACAAGAACUACAGGAUGAAAUAGAACGUCAGAAAUCGGAGCAGACUGAAAAGGAGUUGAAGCUUAAGACCGAGGCACUGGAUUAUCUGAAUGCCGAAAAGGAGCGAAUCGAGCAACUGGCAGAGGAGACCAGGGAAAAGAAGCGCACCUUGAGCAUCAGAUUGGAGCAACUUCUUAAGGGUAUCGAGGAUAUAUUCAGACAACUGGCCUGUGACGAUGCUCCCAUUCUAAAUGUGCUCAGCACCAAGACCUUUUUAACAGUCCACAAUGUGAAGCUUUUCAUUGGGGUUAUUGAGCGAAGGGUCAAUCUGAUUAUCAGCGCUAUCAAUAUCGAGGAUAAUUCCAACAAAAUACUGGCCAGAAAAGAUCGUGUUCCUAAGUUUAACAUAAGAGAAUCAGCUAAGACAAAGAACUAAACUUAAAUCAUUACAAAAAAAAUAUAUAGAUUAUUCAUUAAGCACAGUCAACCAUAUUCCUUAGCCAUGAAUCUUGUGAGUUCAAAU